CUGUGGCUCAUAAAUGAGAGAGCUGAGGCGCCGGAUGAUCCAGUCACUUGCCCAAGGGGAAUGAGUCAACGUCAGGAGUCCUAGUUGACGGACCUAACUAACUCCGGAGGGUCAGUCCAGGGCUCAGUCAGCGGGGCCCGGAGUGGCUUCCCUGGCUGGCACCUGGACUUGGGCUAUUUCCACUCACGUCAAGGGAGAGUAGUGGCACCGACCGGGCAGAACUUUCAAAUAAUUUUUCCUUCCCCUCAAGGUUCAGCCCUGAGCUCUUAAUCUCGGGAGCUGGGUGCAUCCCCCUCCCCCAGCCCGUGGCAAGUGGGUACUGCGGGCGGCUCGCCCCCCCCCCCCCGCCGCUCGCAGUGACCCCCAGCGUUAGCAGAGCCGGGGGACGGGGGAGGGCCGGCUGCCUCGCCCCACGACUCUCCAUCGCCGCCUCUUCCUGAAAGCCAGAGAAAAUGGUGGGAAGCCAAACAAAAUCCAGAUAAACAGGCAGCUAGCUUGUCCUGGGACCUCAGCUAAGCAAAUGAAGCCUCCCUGCGCGCGCUGAGCCUGCAGCGCCCAACUUUCCGGGGAAGAUGGGAGGACAGGGCAACAAAGGGCGCAGCCGGCAUGCCCGCCAGUAGGCGCGACAGCAGCUCUCCGGGCGGAAGAGCACGGGACUGAACACCGACCUCCAGCACGCCGGGGUCCGCCGCCGAGAACCGCGCACCCUACCCACCAAGCCACGAGCGGUUGUGCGAUCAGAUCGAUCUAAGAUGGCGACUGUGGAACCGGAAACCACCCCUACUCCUAAUCCCCCGCCUACAGAAGAAGAGAAAACAGAAUCUAAUCAGGAGGUUGCUAACCCAGAACACUAUAUUAAACAUCCUUUACAGAACAGAUGGGCACUCUGGUUUUUUAAAAAUGAUAAAAGCAAAACUUGGCAAGCAAACCUUCGGCUGAUCUCUAAGUUUGAUACUGUUGAAGACUUUUGGGCUCUGUACAACCACAUCCAGUUGUCUAGUAAUUUAAUGCCUGGCUGUGACUACUCACUUUUUAAGGAUGGUAUUGAGCCUAUGUGGGAAGAUGAGAAAAACAAACGAGGAGGACGAUGGCUAAUUACAUUGAACAAGCAGCAGAGACGUAGUGACCUGGAUCGCUUUUGGCUAGAGACACUGCUGUGCCUUAUUGGAGAAUCUUUUGAUGACUACAGUGAUGAUGUAUGUGGAGCUGUUGUUAAUGUUAGAGCUAAAGGUGAUAAGAUAGCAAUAUGGACUACUGAAUGUGAAAACAGAGAGGCUGUUACACAUAUAGGGAGGGUAUACAAGGAAAGGUUAGGACUUCCUCCAAAGAUAGUGAUUGGUUAUCAGUCCCAUGCAGACACAGCUACAAAGAGCGGCUCCACUACUAAAAAUAGGUUUGUUGUUUAAGAAGACACCUUCUGAGUAUUCUCAUAGGAGACUGCGUCAAGCAAUCGAGAUUUGGGAGCUGAACCAAAGCCUCUUCAAAAGCAGAGUGGACUGCAUUUAAAUUUGAUUUCCAUCUAAAUGUUGCUAAGAUAUAAGAGAAGUCUCAUUCACCUUUGUCUUGUACUUCUGUGUUCAUAUAUAUUUUUUUUUUAUUUUGGCUAGAGUGUCCACUAUCCCAAUCAAAGAAUUAACAGUACACAUCAUCCCCAGAAUCCAUAAAUGUGUUCCUGGCCCACUCUGUAAUAGCUUAGUAGAAUUACCAUAUAAACACAUUUUGCCCAUCCACAAUAUUCAAAAAAGAACUUCCAUUUCUAUACCUUACAGGAAAAAAAUUCUGUUUAUGUUCCAUUGUAUGCAGGAGCAUAUUUUGCUGGUUUAAAGAGUAUGAUGCAUACAGUUUUCUAGCAAUUUUCUUUGUUUCUUUUUACAGCAUUGUCUUUGCUGUACUCUUGCUGAUGGCUGCUAGAUUUUAAUUUAUUUGUUUCCCUACUUGAUAACAUUAGUGAUUCUGAUUUCAGUUUUUCAUUUGUUUUGCUUUUGUUUUUUUCCUCAUGUAACAUUGGUGAAGGAUCCAGGAAUAUGACACAAAGGUGGAAUAAACAUUAAUUUUGUGCAUUCUUUGGUAAUUUUUUUUGUUUUUUUGUAACUGCAAAGCUUUGGUACAAAUUUAUGCAUUUCAUUCAAAUCAGUGAUCUAUGUUUGUGUGAUUUCCUAAACAUAAUUGUGGAUUAUAAAAAAUGUAACAUCAUAAUUACAUUCCUAAUUAGAGUUAGUAUGUCUGUUUUUGUAUCUUUAUGCUGUAUUUUAACACUUUGUAUUACUUAGGUUAUUUUGCUUUGGUUAAAAAAAAAUGGCUCAAGUAGAAAAGCGGUCCCAUUCAUAUUAAGACAGUGUACAAAACUGUAAAUAAAAUGUGUACAGUGAAUUGUCUUUUAGACAACUAGAUUUGUCCUUUUAUUUCUCCAUCUCUAUAGAAGGAAUUUGUACUUCUUAUUGCCAGGCAGUCUCUAUUGUGUCUUCUUGUAGUGUCUUCACCUGAACAGCAUAAGUUUGGCACACUAGUUUGAUUAUUAUGUUUAUUACAAUUUUUAAUAAAUUGAAUAGGUAGCAUCAUAUAUAUGGAAUUAAA